CCGGGGGUCUCUGAGGUGUCCCGGGGGUCUCUGAGGUGUCCCCGCUCCCCGCGGGGCGCUGCCGCCACCAGCGAUGUGUCUUUAGCGGGAUUUUCAGCGGGGAUCUCCCCUCGCGGCUCCUAUCAAGCCAUGGAUAUCAGCCCUCAGCGCGAUCCCGGGCAGCCGCAGCCGCCGCCCGCCGCCCCCUCGGCCGAGCAGGUGCUGCUGCAGGCGCGGCUGGCGCUGUCCGAGCGGCCGGCAGCGCUCCGGGACCUGUGUGCUCUGCUGGAAGCGGCGGAUCCGCGCUGGCUCCUGGGCUCGGCCAGCCCCGCGGCGCUGGGCGAGCUGGCGGCGGCUCUGGGCGGCUUGGCGGCCCCUCCACGCCGGGAGCAGGAUGGAGCCGAGCUCCCCGGAACGGACACCGCGCUGGCCGCCGUGGCGGAGCGGGCACAGCACGUUGGCACCGCGUUCCUGAUCCUCUUCAAGAAGAUGGAAGCUGCUGAAAGUCGGGAAUCGCUGGGCACGGCCGCGGUGCUGCGCAGGGUGCUGGGACACGUGUACAUCUUCGCUGUCACACACAAGGACGAGCGGCCAUGGAGCACGGCGAGGACUCGGGAAUUGGCUCAGGAGSUGCUGGAGAGGCUGGUCCAGGCUGCGGGCUGCGGCUCCGUGGAGGAAUUCCUGCGGGGAAAGGAGGGGGAUGAGGAAGGAAGGUUUGGAGCGGUGAUGGGGCUCCUGAAGCAGGAGUUAACCAAAGACACCUGGAAGUGUAACCCRGCCUCCAAACACGUGUUCUCCUGGACUCUGCUGCGCGUCAGCCGGCCCUGGCUGUGCCCUCACCUGGAGCGGGUGCUGCCGCCCGCGCUGCUCCUCUCCGACGAUUUCCAGGAGGAGAACAAAGUGCUGGGCGUGCGCUGCCUGCACCACAUCGUGCUCAACGUGCCAGCUGCGGAUCUGUGCCAGUUCAACAGGGCCCAGGUGGUGUUCCACGCCCUCUACAACCACCUCCACUCACGGGAGGCUGCUGUCAUCCAGGCAGCGCUGCUGUGCCUGCUGGACCUGCUGCCCGUCCUGCAGCGAUGCCAGCGGCACCAGGGCCACGGCAGAGCCACGGGCCCCUGGGACCAGGUGCUGCAGCUGCUGCUGACCCACAUGGAGGGCGAGCAUCAGCUGGCACUGCGCAGGGUCUACGCGGGGAUCCUGCCCGCCUUCGUCAGCAGCCUUGGCAUCCUCAUAGUGAGGCACCUGAAGAGGCUGCAGAGAGUCAUCCUGGGCUACCUGGAAGUGUCUGAUGGCCCCAAGGAAGAGGCCAGGCUGGCAAUCCUGGAGACGCUGCAGUGCACCAUAGAGCACGCCUGGCCCAGGAUGCCCUGCAGGCUCCCCGUGCUCCUCAAGGCCCUGCUGAGGCUGCUGUGGGACGUUCACACGGAGCGGGGUCCCACACCAGAGCCCGUCAGAGCUGCUCUGCUGGACAGGGCCACCCAGUGCCUCAUCCUGCUGGACCGCUGCUCCCAGGGCCACGUCAAGGUGCUGCUGGAAGGGGUGCACAGCAGCUGUGAGGAGAACCGGGUGAGGGAAUGCCUCAGGAAGGUGCAGGAGAGCACCUGA